ACAUACAUUCCAAGCAGAGGACUGCUUCUCGGUGAUGGCCGAGGCAGUUUAUGUAAGGACACUAAUUCUCCUAACCGUGCUGUCCUACAUAUCGGAGACUGAAGAAGUGGCCGCUCAGCACCUCUGUGGGUUGCACUUGAUUGAAAGUCUCACAGUUGUGUGUAAGGGGAAGGGAUUUUAUCAAGGACAUCAGCGAGGUCCACAUGGUUUGCGCCCAUUUGGAGAGCAGCGCUCACGAAAAAGAGCAACAAAUAAGCUUGGGAUAGUGGAAAAGUGUUGCUUACAGCCGUGCAGCUAUUAUGACCUCCAACGAUAUUGUAGAUAUUAAGAUCUUCCCGUGUUUUGUAGAAUAAAAGUGCAA